AAAUGUCCGCAUGACGCUUGACGCUUGACGUAACUGUCUACGGACAAAACCAGACAGAUAUCAGACAUUUCGGAUUUUGGCCAGGUAUUGCUGACUGUCGAUGGUCUGGAGAAGGCAAUUGUGUAUGUGACAAGGAAAGCCUGAAAUUCUGCGGACGAAGAUGGGCACAGGAUAAUACCAUUUAUCAACGGGAUUAUGGAUAGAUUGCCACAAUGACAGAUGACUCUCUCAGCUCCCCAUUGUCCAUCAAAGUGGCGGCCCUUCGUGUGGUAGACUUGCCCCUCUCCUUCUGCAACUCUCUGGCUGAGGUUAAUGUCAGCCCUGGCACAAAAAAGCUGUUUGCCGCCACAGCCUUUGGUGCUGUCUCCCUCAUCUUCCUCGCCCGCCACUUCAAAAGGAGGAAGGGGAAGAAAAAGGCCCAGUCACCAUGGGAACAGGGAGAAUUUGACUUCCUCCUUGCAACUCCCCCAGAGAAAGACACAUGCAUAGCUGAUAACCGCCAGAAUCUCACCCUGCCACUUAACACUAAAAGCUGCUACUCCUGUAACCUGAUUCCUGGUGGGACCCUGUACAGCAAGCUCUCUGUCUCCUUGCAGAGCUUAUCCUCGGUUAAAAGCAUGAACUCCUCCAGCAGCUGCACCUGUGCUAACAGCUCCAGCUGCUGGGACAGAAGUGCUGAGGACCAAGACAUCUGCAGUAUGGUCAACAUCCCAGUCACCACCCCUGAAAAUCUCUACCUGAUGGGCAUGGAGUUGUUUGAGGAGGCUUUGAGGCGCUGGGAGCAGGCCCUCACCUUCCGCAGCCGGGAGGCAGAGGACGAAGCCAGCUGCGCCUCGGUGAAGCUGGGUGCUGGUGACGCUAUCGCCGAGGAGAGCAUGGAGGACAUCAUCAGUGCAGAGUUUAUCCACAAGCUGGAGUUUCUGCUGCAGAGGGCCUACCGACUCCAGGAGCAAUUUGAGGGGGCACUGGGGGUGUCUGACCCCUCAUCACACACUAACAAUGACAAGCACACAGACAUGUCGAGCCGAGAGGACCUGGAUACCCUGGACUCUUGUCUGAAGGAUACCCUGAGCAUAGCCUCCACCGACUCCUUUGUAUCGGCUGCUGAGCUGUCCGAACACAGAGAGCUGAGGAGUGCCUAUGCUCUAGGCUCGUUCUGCCACUACCCAUUCUAUGACGAUGCACUGCAGAUGGCCGAGGAUGGGAAUAUCUCCUGCAGAGUUCUAAGGACCGAGCUGCUGGAAUGCCUCGGUGACACAGACUUCCUGGCAAAGCUGCACUGUGUGCGUCAGGCUUGUCAGCUCAUCUUGUGCGAACGGGCCACCAGAAACUUCCUAGCUGAUACUGGAAAGAAGAUCUUGUCCUCCAUCAUCGUCAAAGCCCGAAAGAGCCCCAAGAGAUUUGAGGAGGUGUUUGAGGAGAUGAUCUCCUUCCUGGAGCUGACUGACCACUGGAGCAACACGGAGGUGGAGCUGGCCACCCGCGGGGUGAAGCAUUUGAACUUCUAUGACAUCGUCCUUGAUUUCAUCCUUAUGGACUCUUUUGAGGACCUGGAGAAUCCUCCCAUCUCCAUACAGAAUGUCGUUAACAAUCGGUGGCUCAACAGCUCCUUCAAAGAGACGGCUGUCGCAUCAAGUUGUUGGUCAGUCCUGAAGCAGAAGAGGCAGCAUAUAAAGGUCCAGGAUGGCUUCAUUUCACACUUCUAUGCUGUCUGUGAGCAAAUCAGCCCUGUCCUGGCCUGGGGGUUCCUGGGGCCCAAAACCUCCCUGCAUGACUUCUGCUCUUUUUUCAAGGACCAGGUGCUGUACUUCCUGAAGGACAUCUUUGACCUGGAGAAGGUGCGCUACACCAGCGUGGAGACGCUGGCCGAGGACAUGCUCCACCUGCUGCACAGGCGGUCCGAGCUGCUCUUGGCCUACCUGGGUGCUGACACCUUCCGCCACCUGAACAGCUGUGUCACCUCACAGCUCCACCUAGUGCCCAAUGCCAUGCUGGAGGCCAGAGUACAAUAACAGGUCAUAACUGUCCACAUCAUUGAGAAUACUGUACACUAACUGGAGGAGGGGAAAGGAAGAGGAUUAAUGCUUCCUUGGUGCAGUGUUGUGCUGGCUUUUUGAGUGUGACUGCUGCUUGUUUUGUGUACUGAGCAAAAAUAUAAACGCAACACACAUCAGUUUUCAACCCCAUUUUUCAUUAAUUGAAGACUUGGUCCAUGCGCACAGGCUUAUUCCUCCCAAUUUGUUUGCACAAAGUUGUUUAAAUCCAUGUUUGUGGGCACCUACAGGUGAGAUAUCAAAAUAUACUAAUUAAAAUGUGAUUAUAGCUCAGAUGUGCAUUGGACUGUUCACAAAAGUCUAAAAUGUGCUGUUUUAUCCCAUGACAAGUUUGGGAGUUUGACUGUUCACAAAAGUCUAAAAUGUAAACGUUUGGGAGUUUGCACCUGGUGUGCUGGUAGUAGGAAUAUCCACCAGAGCUCAUGAACUGAAUGUGGAUUUUCACAAAUUUCUGAACAGAAGUUAACUUAAUCUUUUAUGUGCAUGAAAGCCUGCUUGGAAAUGUUAAGUAAACUCAUGAAAAUGUGUUGCGUUCAUAUUUUUGUUAAGUAUAAGACCACGAUUAUCUUACUGAGCACCAUGCGGUCUGUGGACCUGUGCGUCUGGACACAAUUACCGCUCCCAUGUCGUUAUAGUGCCAUGUCAAUGCAGUUUGUCUUUUUAAAUCAAUCACACUGGUAUUGUUACUGUGCCUCUGCAGAGGCGGACAUGUCAAGCAGUUGGUCAUAGUGUACCAGAGUACUGUAAAGUACUUGUGACCUCAUGGCUGAACAGUUCAAAGGCAUUUGUUCAAGUUAUUUUAAUUAAUUAUUUAACACCAUGUCAGGUUUUUUUUACCAUUUGUAAUGGCAGUGGGGGAAAAAAGUAUUUAAAAGGGCAUAGCAAUGAUGACUUGGUAGCCCAACAGUAAUGGUGUGGUUAAGUUUUGCAGGAGUAAUAUAAUACUGUGUAUUGUAAAGGGAUUUCUGAACGGUGGUUUGGACGGUCUGGCUCAUUUUGAGUGUGUUCAUUCAUUCAGCAAAAGACUAUAUAUGUGAGAUGCCUUGAUAGACAGACAGUGCCACUGAACUUUAGUCUAGCAGGCCUGCUGCCCGUCUAACUGCUUAACCCAGCGUACACACAGGGCAUCAUUGCUUAUAGUGACCCGUUUAUUGUCCAUUCCUUGUGUGUGCUACUUGCUGUAUUCAGUGUUGGGCUGUUGUGAAUGUUGAAUUACUAUCAGCCUUACUGGCAGCACCUGUAGUGUUGCCCUGCCUGUUUGUAUCGUGGGAAAUAAGGCCUGAACUGUUACUAAUGGUCUUCCUACACACUUCCUAAAGGACAGGUUUUCAUUCAACAUUACAUAAGCCCAGUUAUGCACCAUUUUUGCUUGUAUUAGAUGUGUCCAUUAACUCACUCAAAUCCUGACCGUUACAUUUGACUCAGAUUAAGGCAUUUAUUUUUAUAGUUGCAUCAUUUCACCAAGACAUGAAUUGAAUGGCAACAUAUGACUUGUGUACAUGUAUGCAUAAAUUAUGUUUUAUUAAAAAGGGCCAUUUAAAGGAG